UUCGCGUCUUCCGCGAUGAAAAAACGCCACCUGGACGACAGUGAGGCUGGCCCCCGCGACCCACCAAGUGUUAAAAUGCCCAAGCCCAGAGAGGACGAGAUGUUAAAGUUUUUCUCGUCAUUGAGUAAAUCUGAGGGCAGGCCAGCACUUCUCUCGCUUACCCAAAAAUUUGCUGACCCCUACAUUCCCUUGGGCUUGAAGUAUCCCAAGCUGCUCCUCUGCAAUCUGCGAAGGAAGCAGUGCCCAAGUUCCUGGGACGAUGUACAGGCAGAGUGCCGCGAGGUCUUGGAGGAGCUCUCAAUUGAGCCCGAUGUGUGUGCUUUGAUCGAGAAGCAGACGAAGGCCCAGUCUGCGUCCGAGAAGUGGCAUCAGUUUCGGACUGGCCGCAUCACAGCUUCAAAUGCAGGAGCGGUGUUUGCUACAUCAUUGACUGAGCCAUCAAGGAGCCUGCUGAAAAGACUCUGCUACCCGGAGGACUGCAAAUUCCAGACCGCAGCAACUGAAUGGGGAAAGAAGAAAGAAGCUGCUGCGAGGGCAGCUUACGUCGAGGCAAUGCAGAAGCACGAUCUCGGCUUUAAGUGCCAAGUGUCUGGCCUCCACAUAAGCAUAGAACGCCCAUUUUUGGCUGCAACUCCUGACGGCCUCGUACAUUGCGAUUGUUGUGGAGAUGGCCUUGUGGAGAUAAAAUGUCCAUACUCUGCAAAAGAUGCACUUGUUCAUGAAAUUCCAGAGCGGCAACGAUCAUACCUUGUAGUUGAUGGUAAUGAUGCAAAGCUGCUCAGAAACCAUCAUUACUUUAAGCAAGUAAUGAUGCAGAUGUUUGCAAAAGAAGCUACUGCGAUUUUGUAGUAUGGACACAAAA